GAAAGUAUUUUUAUAAAACUUUUUUUCUAAAAUUUCCAGUACUCCCGCCGACACGCACACACACGUUACCACCAUUGGAUUGCAAAUCAAUUUCGAAUAUCGCAGACUGCGCGCCAAACGAACAGCUGGAGCGAACUAUCGAUAGUCAAGCGACUAGAAGUUAGCCAACAUUGGCCCCACCGAUAGGCAGAUAAUAUCGAUAGCUGGGCGAAGAAGGAGGAGGAGAAGCAGAGGAGAAAAACAAAAAAACUAAUUGUGAAAAAGUGUAAAGUUCGGACAAAAUCGAAGGAAAAUUGAGGAGGAAAAUCGAAAAACAACAACCACCUGCCGAAACCUACCUUUUUACAUUAGAUUUUUAGUUUUACGAGCGAGAUUUUUGCACCUGCUAAAAGGCACACACAUACACCAUUGGCACCUACACAACCCCAAAUCGUCAUUCCCUUUUUUUUUUGCGAAAUCCAAGACGAAGGCCACAACAAAUGCAGAUUGGAGUUUGAUAUUGGCUUACAAUAAGCGCCGAGUCACGCUGGAUCAGCAAACUAUAGCCUAUAUAGACUAUAGAUUCGGGUAAAGCAAAAAAAAAAACAACAGCCAUGUCCGUGAGGACAAAGGUUCUGGGUUUGGUGGACGUCAUGAUGCGCGUUCCGCCGGUGAUGGUUAUCGACGAGAUUCUGAAGAUCGGAAUGGGCCUGCCCACGCGGCUUUAUCCGGAAAAGGCUCCAGAAGUGAAACCUAGUGAAUCCCCGCCAGAAUCGAAGGAUCCCCUCGCCAGCAUCAAAGAGUUCUUUGGCCUCGGAGGUGAUGGCAUCUCUCAAAUGACUUCAUCAGCUGCGGAAAAAGCUCAAUCUGCCCUAGAACAGACCAUCGAGAAUGCCUCCAGAUCUGCUCAAUCCAAUGGAAUGCUGAGCUCCGGAUUCAACUCCCUGAUGGAUGAACUAUCCCACGACGAAACGCUAGCGAAUGUGCUCAGCAUCACCACCGUGAAGUUCGUCAUCUGCCUGUUCGGUUUCCUGUCCGCCGCUUGCAUCUUCAUGCUGUGGACCCGCCACCUGGUGAUGGUCUACAUGUUCCUCACCUCGCUGGGUCUCACCUUCCUGUCUUACUGGUCCAAUGUGAGUGCUCUGGCGCUGAUGGAGCGAAGUCCCAGCAUACUGGAGGAUCUCAUGUCGCUCAACACCACACGGUUACUGGACUCGGGCGGCGUGGUCAUGUCGCUGGCGCCUCAUCUGAUGGCCCAGUGGUUCAUGGGCAUGCUGUUCGCCUACAUUCACCUGGGUCCAAGGUUCGAGCUGCUCCAGAAAUCCAUGCCCAUCAUCUUCGCUAGUCCAAUUCUGGUGGCCAUGCUUCCACUGCCGCCGAAAGUUGUGCAACACCUACCCGUGGUGGCUGGUUUUACGCCCAUAAUCCUCACGAAGAUCACGCUGAUGCACAGCGCAAUGGAGGCUAGUCGGACGGUAUACAAUGGGUAUCAGUACGCCAUGAACUUUGUCUCCAACUUUGGACUGUCGGCGCUCAUCGAAAACGAAUGGCAGCGCCUUAACGUGCCCAAUGUGUUAAGAGUUUUCUGGACUAUCAGGAUUAUUCAAGGCGGCUAUGCUUUGGCGACGACGGAAUCCGAAGAACCCCUCGAACUGAUGCCGGCCACACAAAAGCUUCUCGUCGAUGGCUGUGAAACCCUGACGGCGGUUUUGGGGAUGACGGGCGUCAUCUCGAUGAUUUGCCAUUAUAUCGGACGCGGCUUCCAGUGGUACCUCCUCACUUACGACAACGACGAGGAGAAGUCGCUGGGCACCGUCUCAGCUGUGCUUUUCUACAUCCUCGCUCUGCAGACGGGAUUGACAUCCCUGUCGCCGGACAAGCGAUUUAUUAGGCUGUGCCGGAAUCUGUGCCUGCUGAUGACCGCUCUGCUGCACUUCUUGCACAACAUUGUAUCGCCCAUCUUGAUGUCGUUGAGUGCGGCGCGAAAUCCCUCCCGAAAACGGCAUGUACGCGCCCUCAGCGUCUGCGCCUUUCUCGUGGUGAUGCCCGUGUCGCUGCUUUACUAUCUCUGGUCUCAACGAUCGAUCUCCACUUGGCUGCUGGCGGUUACUGCCUUCUCUGUUGAGGUGAUCGUAAAGGUGCUGGUUUCGCUGGCCACCUACACGCUGUUUCUACUGGACGCCCGGCGGCAAUUCUUCUGGGAAAAGCUGGACGACUAUCUGUACUACGUGCGUGCCUUUGGUAACUCGGUGGAAUUCUGCUUUGGCAUUCUGUUGUUCAUCAACGGUGCUUGGAUACUGGUCUUCGAGUCGGCCCAAAAUGCUACAGGCGGCGCCAUCAGAGCGAUCAUGAUGUGCAUCCAUGCCUACUUUAACAUCUGGUGCGAGGCGCGGGCGGGCUGGUCGGUUUUCAUGAAGCGGCGUUCGGCGGUCCACAAGAUUUCCUCUCUGCCAGAAGCAACUCCUGCCCAACUGCAGGCGUUCGACGAUGUCUGCGCGAUUUGCUAUCAGGAAAUGUAUUCGGCCAAGAUCACCCGGUGUCGUCACUUCUUCCAUGGCGUGUGUCUGCGCAAGUGGCUGUAUGUCCAGGAUCGUUGCCCUCUCUGCCAUGAGAUUAUGAUGUACACGGACAAGGCGGAGGAAAGUGCGCAGGAGGCGGAACCAGCGGCGGCUGCCCAGGCUGAACAGCCCCUUCGUAUUUAUCCUCGAGACGAUGGAAACAACGCUGGUGCGCCGCGACGUUCCCCGGAACGAGUUCCAGUGGAGAACCCGGAGAUGGCCACCACUUCGUCCAGCGCAGCUGCGGUGAUCGGCACUGAGGCGGCAUCGACCAUCAUGGACUCAGUAGCGGCUGCUGCGGAGGCGAGGUCGAUGGCCACCGUCUCCAGCAGUUCCACCCAGCGAAUCAGCGCCAGCGGAAGUAGUGACAGCAGCUACAUCUCCGCAUCCGCCCAACCGCCUCCGCCGACGGCCACUUCCGCUGCUGCGGUGGCCACGGCGGCGGCCAGCAAUACGACGCACAUGUUCCGGAUGUCGCAGGAUCAGCAGUAACCGGCUUGGUUCGAAUCGGAACGGGAGCGCUCGGCGUACCUUGUUUUUCUUCUAUAUCUUACCACUUGGAAAUGUUCUGUGUGUUAGUGUACUUAUGUAAAAAUUGCGAAUCUUUGUAGCGAUCCAA